AUGAAGUUUUCUGGAAAUUUUAAUGAUCUUUCGGUUCUUCUUUUGAAACCCCUUUUGAUCUUGUUCUGUGCUCUGUUUCCGCUCCUACUCUGUUUCUUCAAAUACUAUAAUCAACAACCUCUGUUUCAAGAACAUGUUGAUUCUGAUAGGAUUGAAGAAACGCCAUUUUCAUCUCUAAGCUUUAAGUUUCCAACGUACGAGGAUUUUCUGAGAACUACUACACAGAAUGUUGACCCACCUGUAUAUGAAACUUCAAAUGAGAACGAUUUUGAUGAUUCGAGUUCUUCAACUUCUGACACGGAUUUAGAUCUUUGUCCCCGAGAAGACCCAGAAAUUUUUCUCCCAAAUGGUUUGCGAUGCAGCAAUGAUAUCAGAAUCCAAGAUGAUAAUGAAUUUGAUGAUCCUGUGGAAGCCAUAUCCGGGGGGUUUGAUCAGGAUUUCAUAGAAGAACUGAAAAAUGAGAUUAAGAAGGCGAAAGCCAAAGCGAAAUCCGAAUCUGGGUUGCCCUCAAUUCCUGAAGAAUCGGAGUACCCAAUAGCCAUGGAAGAAGAUUCAAAAGGAGGGAAGAAAGGAGAAGAAAGAUCAAAUGGCAAAGGCAUAAGAAAAGAACUCCACGAAUUCCACAAGCAAUACACAGAAAAGAUGCGAAAAUACGACACUUUAAAUCACCAAAUCGCAAAAGAGUGGAAAAUGAAGCAAUCGAAGGGGUUAGUGGAGUCUGUUUCAUCGAAAGGGCUGUGUGGGUGCAGGCCUGAUAAGAAAGGCGAAGCAAAAACAGGGGAAAACAGAGGAAUGGAAGGGGAAUUGGAGGUGGUUUAUGUGGUGCAAAUGUGGGUUUCAUGGGAGUUUAUAGUGUGGCAGUACAAGAAAGGUUUGGAGAUUAGCGGCAGAGAAGGGUAUGGAAGUUACAGAUUCAAUGAAGUUGCAGAGAAAUUUGAGCAUUUUAAAGUGUUGAUACAGAGAUUUAUGGAGAAUGAAUGGUCGGAGGAAGGGUCGAGAGUUGAAUAUUAUGCUACAAGUCGUGUUGGUAGGAGAAAGCUUCUGCAAGUUCCUCUGCUCAAAGAAGAUGAAGCGAAAGACAACAAGAAGACAGGAAGAACAGAGGAGGAAGAGGGCGUUAAAAUGGAUAGGGUUAUUGAGAUAUUGCAGGAAUGUAUAAGAGUGUUCUGGCAAUUCAUUCGAGCCGAUAAACUUGCCCAUAUAUCAUCAACUUCAAAGUCUCAUAAUUUAGAACAACAACAAGAACGCACCAGCCCUGCAUAUUCCAACAUUCUAAACCAAAUUCUGUUAGAUCUUCAAAAAAAGGACAGAAAAUUGAAGAAGAUAAUACAGAGAAAGACAUGGAGAUUCAAGAACUGUAUAGAUGCCUUUGAUGAAGAUGACCCAGAUGAUGAAGCUUACUUCUUGGCUAUGGUGGAUUUGAAGUUGGUCGGAAGAGUGCUUAAUAUGCAAACCAUUUCAAUUGAUCAAUUGAAAUGGUGUCGACAUAAAUUGAGCUGCAUUUCUUUUCAAACUGGGAAGAUUAGGAUACAAACUUCGUCGUUUUUCUCUAUAUACUCGUGA